GUGGCGUCACGCCGCGUCGUCAAACAGGACCCGGCCGGUUAACUUUUCAGUGAGACGCCCACUGGACCAUCCUUCACGUUGCAGCAUAAAGCUCCUGUGACGGCCGAGGUCCUGGUGUGUCGCUCAGAAGAACUCGCGUUCAUUAACGUGGCUGCUGCUGUUUCUCGGACCCUCGACGGAGAGGAAACUUGACUGCGACAGAACAGUAAGGUGCGGAGCCGCUGCCCUGCCACAAGAAGAAGACUGCACCUUUUAAUAACAACCCUCACCGUGUCCUUUUGGUUUAUUGGACCCUUUUGACAAUUACUCAGUUAUCCUAGUAGCUGACCAACGGCUUCAGACUCGUGAUGUCAGUCUCCCCAUAAGAUUUGAGGAGGCAGGUUAGAGAGGCACUACAGGAGUGAAAGACUGACAAAGGAGGAAAAACAGAAGAGUUUUUGGGUUGGGCAAAAAAAAGUAGACAUCGUGCUGAAGAGCUAUGGAGCUCUCACUGGCUCACCCAGCUAUCAAAGCCUUCAUGUGCGGCUCCCUCAGUGGGACCUGCUCCACACUGCUUUUCCAACCUCUCGACCUGGUCAAGACCCGUCUGCAGACUUUGCAGAGUGGCAAGCAGCCUGGUUCGGGCAGAGUGGGGAUGGUGGCUGUGCUCCAGAGCGUGGUGCGGACGGAGAGGCUUCUUGGACUGUGGAAAGGAAUUUCACCGUCCUUUGUCCGGACCAUCCCAGGAGUGGGGAUCUACUUCAGCACCUACUACUCUUUAAAGCAACACUUCUUCCAGGACCGCAGGCCGGGGGCCAUGGAGGCCGUGUUGCUGGGAGGCGGGGCCCGGACUGUGGCAGGGGUCUUCAUGCUGCCGGUCACUGUCAUCAAGACACGCUUUGAAUGCGGCAGGUACAGCUAUGGGAGUGUGAUCGGGGCUCUGCGCAGUGUGUGUCAGGCUGAAGGUCCUGCAGCUCUGUUCUCUGGCCUGAUGGCCACCCUCCUCAGAGAUGUUCCUUUCUCUGGUAUCUACGUCAUGUUCUACAGCCAGACCAAGGCCUCGUUGCCAAAAGAAAUCAGCACGUCUGCUUCCGCCCCCCUGGCUAACUUUAGCUGUGGGAUCCUGGCGGGUGUAUUGGCCUCCCUGAUCACGCAGCCUGCUGAUGUGGUUAAAACACACGUCCAAGUCAAUCCACAGCUGAGGACAGCGGAGGCUGUCAGAUACAUCUAUACGGAACAUGGACUCCAGGGGUUCUUAAGAGGGGCAGUUCCACGGGCACUGAGGAGGACCAUGAUGGCCGCCAUGGCAUGGACGGUGUACGAGCAGAUGAUGGCCCGUUUCGGAUUAAAGUCUUGAAGGGGGUUGAUGAAAAACUUGCAAGAGAUAAAAGUCAAGUCACAGUGUGAAGACGGUAACGAGCAUGAAAGGAAAGGCUACAGUAGAGAUUCACCUAAUCUUGUUUUGCUCAUAAGUGUCAAAGGCUUUCAGUGGCUUUACAUAUGUCACUGCAACAAGAGAUGAAGACUGGAGAGCAAAGAAAGCAUCCACAUGUUGUCUAAAUGACUAACACAUAUUACAAGAGUGGUGUGGAGAAUGUGCUUUCCUGGGUUAUGGCUGAAGUUCAGGAACCAGAUUUUUGGCCUGUGUUUAGUAACUCUGAAGAAAAUAUUUCAUAUAGGUAUGCUGUGAUGUUCUGUAUUGCACUACAAGUUGUUAAAAAAAUCUGAUCCUUAAUGAGUAUUUGGAACCCGUCAAUCAUUGAGAUUUUCUACGUUUUCAAAAUGCCUCAGUGGGAAUUCCUGCCUCUCCUGCAGUGGUGCAAUCCUUAAUUACUCAAGACAGUGUCCCAGAUACAGCUCGGACUUCUGUAAUGCACUUUAACCCCAUCAGUUCUGUCAAGACACGCUUUGAAAGCUGUAGAGGCAUAUAUAAUAUAUUGCUAUAUUAUUUGUAAAACGAAAUAAUAUAUGCAUGCAAUUUUUACUUGGUAUAUUCAUCUGCCUUUAAAAUGUAACAUUUUUUUAAAUAUUUGUUGUUUACCAUUGUAACUUAAAUAUGCUACCUUCUUAAGGAUGUUUAAGAAAAUAAAGCACUGUACAAUAUA